CUCUGAAUUUUCCCUAUAAAGAGAUCGCUUCUCUGAAUAACGUAGUAACCAAAACCCUAUCUCCAAGCUAGCAAAUAUGGCUUCUUUCUCCCUUACACAAGCUCUCGCGACCACCACUCCCACCACCAUUUAUAAACCUUCCUUGUAUCCUUCAUUUCAAAACAAAUCCCAAUCUCCCAGCCAUGCAAAGACUAAAAGCAAAGCCCUUUUACGUAGAUCACCAAUCUCAUGCAUGGCAACGGAGAAUGGUGAUAACCAAAACCCUACCGCCAACUCUUCUAACUCCGGUGUGGGAAAACUCGACCGGAGAAAUAUGCUGCUCGGUCUCGGAGGGCUAUACGGUGCAGCCGGGCUAGGAUCCGACCGAUUCGCCAUUGCCGAUCCGUUGCUUCCGCCGGACCUCUCAAAAUGCAGCACUCCGAGCGGCCUCCCUGCCGGCGUCGUGACCGAAUGCUGUCCCCCGUAUUCGGACGAAAUCAUUGAUUACAAGCCGCCGAGAACCCCGCUGCGCGUUAGGCCCGCAGCGCACCUUGUGGACAGCGAGUACAUUGCCAAGUACAACGAAGCAACGAAGCGCAUGCGGAAACUCCCCGACAGCGACCCGCGAAAUUUCAUGCAACAAGCCAACGUGCACUGUGCCUACUGCAAUGGCGCGUACGAUCAAGUCAACUAUCCCGAAAUCGUUCUUCAAGUCCACAACGGUUGGCAUUUCUUUCCCUUCCACCGGUGGUACCUCUAUUUCUACGAGAAGAUCUUGGGGAAGCUUAUCGACGACCCGACCUUCGCCUUGCCGUUUUGGAACUGGGACCAUCCCAACGGCAUGCAAAUGCCGGCCUUUUUCACCAACAAAUCAUCUGCGCUCUACGACGAAAAACGAAGCAUCAAGCACCAGCCACCCAGUCUCGUCGACCUUAACUUUGGUCUGAGUAAAGAUACCACCCCCAAGACUUAUAACGAACAGGUACAGGAGAAUCUCACCAUCAUGUACCAGAGUAUGGUUUCCGGAGCCAAACUACAGUCGCUCUUCUUCGGCGAACCGUACCGCCAAGGCACGGAUAAGGAACCCGGGGCGGGUACCGUCGAGAGAACUCCUCACACUGCUAUCCAUAUCUGGGGCGGGAGCGAGAAGGACAGGGAAAAGAAUGGCGAAAACUUGGGGAACUUCUACUCGGCGGGGCGAGACCCGAUGUUUUACAGCCACCACGCCAAUGUCGACAGGAUGUGGAGUCUAUGGAAGACGAUAGGUGGCCGGAAGAGGAAAGAUAUCAGCGACCCGGACUAUUUGAACGCCGAGUUCUUGUUUUACGACGAGAACGCUAGGCUUGUCCGUGUCAAGGUCAGAGACUGCCUCGACACCAAGAAGCUCGGGUACAUCUACGAUGACGUCGAGCUUCCCUGGCUGUACAAAAAGCCCAAGCCUCGUAAGUCGAAGCUCGUGAAAUUGCUCAAGAAUCUUGGUGUGGCGCGUGCCGCCGACGCCAAGCGAGUGGCGCUUUCCGAUUUUCCGAUAACGUUGACGGACAAUAUAGUGACGACGGUGGUGCCAAGGGCGAUAAAGGGGAGGAGCAAGGAGGAGAAGGAGGAGGAAGAGGAGGUGUUGAUAAUUGAAGGCAUUGAAUUCGACAAAGAAUUGGCGGUGAAGUUUGACGUGUACGUCAACGACGAGGAUGUCCCUGGGCCGGACAAGUCCGAGUUUGCGGGAAGCUUCGGUAACGUUCCUCACAAGCUUAAGCCUGGUGCUGAGCGCGGCAAGGUUUCACUGAAACUCGGGAUAUCGGACUUGUUGGACGACGUCGGAGCCGACGACGAUGAAAACAUCAUUGUGGCUUUGGUGCCGAAGAAUAAUUAUCCGGUCACCAUUGGUGGCAUUAAGAUUGAGCUGCUUUCUUGAACUAGUUCAGUCCUUUCGUUGAUAAAAAUGUUUUGUUUCAAUAAACAGCCAGCCAAAGCGGUUCACGUCGAAGUUGGCCUAUUUUUCGAAUUACAAGCUCUAUGCAUGGUAGCUAGCGGCUACCUAGCUCUUGUGUAAUCGUUCUACGUUAGUUGGGACCAUAUAUAUAUAUAUAUAUGUGUGUGUGUGUGUGUGUGUGUGUGUGGGCGCGCGCGCGCGCGCUAGCUCGCCUAAUAUAUAUGUGUAAUAGUUAAAAAGUGUACUUUAUCUAGAAAGAACGUGUGUUAAUCAUUUGAUCAUUAGUGAUUUCCGAGUCCUUGAUCAAAAUAUCAUUCUAGUUAUUUAUCUUUAAACUUGUUUAUCCAUGGAUGAGAUUUAUAAAUUAUCCUUUUUUUUGGGUCA